GAGCGGUGGAAGUUUCCGACCCGGGCGGCCCAACCUCGUCGGUCCAAUUGACCGCCACCGCUGCGACGUCAUCACCGAAAUCAAGAACCGUCGCUUCGAGCACCCCCCCCACCCCAACCCCUCAAUUCAUUUCUCGUCUCUUGGGACGCGAAGCUUUCGAUUCGUCUCCUCUUCUCAUCAGCGACAUUAAUUGCCACAUCCCAUGUCGGCGCUCAAGUUGGACUGUCCCUAAACCCCCACUGUAUAUGUAGACAGCCGCGGCUCUGUCGCUUAUCUUACGCUAUGCGCCGCCUGGAUCAUGCCAUCCCAUGCCGUUCACGAGUGGCGGAGACGGUUUCCCGCCAAGUUAGAGUUCUCCUCUUUUGCUCCAUGGGGAAGAUGAAGAUGAGUCUCGGCGAUGGUGAUGAGUGGUCUUGGCGAAGGAAGGACCCGAGUUCUCGCGGCGAUUCUGGGGUUCAUUCUGACUCUGUGAGUGGAUUCUCUUUUCUUGUAAAAGUUGGGGCUGACGAAGGUUCCUCUGAACUUUCUUCUACGUCUGCGGGCGGUGAUACGCGUUAUGGGGAGCAUAAUUCACGGAUAAUGAUGAUCGGUGACAUUCCUGUUCAUCUUGAGGCGACCCCGAAUUAUCCAUUAAACUGCAAUGAGAGUCCUGGGACACAAGGAGCUGCACAAGAGAGGGACAUUGGUACAGAUAGCCAAAAAUCACCAAAGCAUUGUGAGAUAAGGGCUGCUCCAGAAGUUGUCCGCAAGGUAGAAUUGGCUUCAUAUGACACUGGUACUCAUAGGGGAAGUGAUGGUGUAGUCAACUUCAUCAAGAGGAGAACUCGAGUAGACCUAAGGAAUCAAGGGACAACUAGGUCUGAUAGUUCAAUUAAAGUUGAGAAGUUGCAUACUUCUAUUGGAUUGAAGGAUGCUAGGAGCUUGAGUGCUUCCAUUUUUGUGAAUAAGGCAAAACCGUUCGAUAUUUGUCUUCCUCGAAGAAGACGAUUGGACUUUGCAGAAACUUCUGACCCUGUAGAGGAUUGUGAACAAACUCAUGAAGCGGUACAAUUGGUGGAACAGGAAAGCCGAGUUUUGAGGCCUGGAAUGGUUCUGCUCAAGAACUAUGUCACCCUCAGAGAACAGAUUGAUAUUAUAAGAAAGUGUAGAGAGAUUGGUAUUGGUCCAGGGGGGUUUUACCAACCGUGUUACCAGGAUGGAGCAAAGCUCCGUUUGCAGAUGAUGUGUCUUGGUCUUGACUGGGAUCCAAACACAAGAAAAUAUGAGCGACAGAGACGAGUUGAUGGUUGCUCCGCACCCGAUAUUCCUAAUGAGUUUAUCCUAGCAGUCAAAAGGGCAAUUGGAGAUGCAAAAGACCUUGUUAAGAAGGGCGACAGAAGAAGUAAUCUCAGAAACGACCUCCCGACAAUGUCUCCAAACAUAUGCAUUGUCAAUUUCUAUACUACCACUGGGCGACUUGGUCUUCACCAGGAUCGCGACGAAAGCCGGGAGAGUCUGCGGAAAGGAUUACCCGUGGUCUCAUUUUCCAUUGGCGAUUCAGCCGAGUUCUUGUUUCGAGAUUACCGUGACGCGGACGGAGCAGAGAGAGUCAUGCUGGAAUCAGGUGAUGUAGUGAUAUUUGGAGGCGAGUCGAGAAUGGUUUUUCAUGGCAUAUCGUCUGUUGUCCCUAACUCCGCUCCCAAGGCGUUGGUGGAUAAGUCCGGGCUCCGCCCUGGACGCCUUAACCUGACCUUUCGACAGUUCUGAAUUUUUGGUGGACUUGUUAAUGUAUUGAAGUGCUAGCGCCGAUGUAUAUGUCUAACCUCAUCAGAAACCCUCAACAAAAAAAAAAAGAGGAAUGUGUAGUGCUACGUAAAUCAACAUAUGAUUUAAUUUGAUA